AAGUCUCAGAUUUUCUGCAUCUUUUCCUAUCAUUGUAAAGAUUCAGCGAUUUCUUCUUAAACGUUAAAACUCAAUUCAAUUGUAAAUUUUAUUUUUUCAUAUAUUUGCUUUGAAUCAGAGAGAAUUUUGAUCUGAAAAAGAGAGUGAAUUGUUGUAUUGAUAUUGAUUAUUUGAUAUUCAGAGAGAAUUUUGAUCGAAAAAGAGAGUGAAUAAUUGUUUUUGAUUGAUUUAUCGAAAUAAAAGUUGUGAUUCAGGGUUUUGUAUAUCGUGAUUCAAUUUUUGGUUUUAAGGGUUUGGAUGGUGUAGAAAGAAGAUGGGUACAGAAGCUGAAAUUGUUUGUCCUGUUCCUAAUUUGGACGCGGUUCUCUCUUGUUCUCAAGUUGAUAUAAAGACCCCUGAUGCAGUCUCAAACAAUUCUCUAGGUUCCACCUUGUUACAGUAUGUCCCCUGCAUUCGCUCAGGAAGCUUUGCCGACAUUGGGACUCGCACGUUCAUGGAAGAUGAACAUGUAAGGAUUGAUGAUCUUUCAUUGCAUUUGGGGUCAAUGUUUAAAUGUCCUAAGCCAAGUGCUUUUUAUGGGGUUUUUGAUGGCCAUGGUGGACCUGAAGCAGCAGCUUAUAUUAGGAAUAAUGUGACAAGAUUCUUUUUUGAAGAUGUUGAUUUUCCUGAAUCCUCGGAAUUGGAUGAUAUAUUUCUUGAAGGAGUGGAGAAUUGCCUUCGCCAAGCAUUUCUUAUGGCCGAUCUAGCUCUUGCAGAUGAAUGCAGUAUCAGUGCUUCCUCAGGAACAACUGCUCUUACAGCGUUGAUAUUGGGAAGGCUCUUAUUGGUUGCAAAUGCUGGUGAUUGUCGAGCUGUACUUUGUCGAAAAGGAGAAGCCAUUGAUAUGUCUCAAGACCACAGGCCUACGUACCUGUCCGAGAAGAAUAGAGUUGAAGAAUUAGGUGCUUACGUAGAUGAUGGUUAUCUGAAUGGAGUAUUAUCAGUGACUAGGGCUCUGGGAGAUUGGGACAUGAAGCUUCCCAAGGGUUCAGCCUCCCCCUUGAUUGCAGAUCCUGAACUAAGACAGAUUAUCUUGACUGAAGAUGACGAGUUCCUCAUAAUCGGGUGUGAUGGUAUUUGGGAUGUAAUGUCAAGCCAACAAGCAGUUAGCAUUGUACGCCGUGGGUUAAGGCGACAUGAUGAUCCAGAACAAUGUGCGAAGGAGCUUGUCAGGGAGGCCUUGCGACUGGACACUGUCGACAAUCUCACAGUCAUUGUUGUCUGCUUUACCUCUUUCGACCACCAGAGAGAACAGUCGGGAGGGUCUAGACCUCGAAGAUUCAGGUGCAGCCUCUCAGCAGAGGCAUUGUCUACUUUGAGGAGUUUAAUGGAAACGAAUGAUGGUCUUUGAUUCUUUAGUCCAGACGGUGUAUAUGAAUAUGUUCGAUUGCUGUUUUUAGGCUGCUUCAGUAGAAUCGUUAGAAAAAGCGGCUCGCAGUUUUGCUAGGGUUUUGCGUUUAGGAGCAUUAAUUUAACUCAGUAUCACAAUUUCUGAGUCGGAAUGGGUUGAUUUGUAAAUAUAAUUGAAGGCCGAGGAUGGAUGGAGGUGUGUCAAACAAUGCCGCAUUCUUGCACUAUAUAGAUUUGUGUGCAGUUCAAUUGUUUCGUUGAAUUUGGUCUAGUCUAAUCUGGUCUAUUUUCACUAGAUUUCAAUUCUGCAGGCUGUAUUAACCGUGUGAUUAAUCAUUUACCGAUUUCAAUUCAUUUGGUUUUUGCUCUAUAAAUUGCAGCAACAUACCACAUGAUUGCUGACAACUAUGUGAGCUACGAUCAUCUAAACUCGUGACUUCAGCAUAUAUAGAAGUAUUUUGUUUUGAAGACAAUUAUAUAAGAAACAAGUAUACUUUUCAUAAA